AUGACGGGCUCCGCCACCGUUCAUCCAUCGCAGCGGCGCUUCGCUUGUGAUCUCUGCAGGAGACACAAGUCGAAAUGUCAUCGCAUACGACGAAAUGACCCGAAAUGUUCACGGUGUAUGGCACUUGGCACAGAGUGCGCUACCGGGCAACAGCAGAGAGUCGGAAGGCCAAAGCAGGCAGCAGCUGACGCUCAUGACGCAGCCAAGGGCCCUGUUUUCAAGUCAAGAUCGACUGUCAAACGACCACGAACGAAAACUCCCGGUUGGCACAGCCAGAAGAGCCUAUUAAUGCCUCAUGGAUGGUCCCAGGAGUCUCCUUCAUUUCCCGAUGCCUACCAUAAGCCGGCGUCGAGCAGUACAACCUCUUCAGCAUCCUGGCCAGUCCCAACACCGUCUCGAUACACAGCAACAGAGCAUGAGUGCGACCCAAAAAUGAUACGGUCAACUAUUGGCAUGGAUUCAAUUCGCCGGACCUCGUCGACUUGGAAUACCGCCCCUGGCUUGCAUCACGGGUUUUCCCUUUCUGAUUUCGACUCUCGCUUCAACUUCACAAUCACUGAUGCUCACCCGCCCGACUCGGCCGCCAAUAGCAUAUAUUGCGAUCCAGUCGAUCUAGCGAUGCCGGAAAAGGAACCAGAAGCCAAUAACGAAGGCUCGCACGCCUUGGCCAAACUUUCCAAAAUAAACAUCGACUUACACAUCCGUGUUGCAGCCGCCGAAAUGAACCGGACGAGCCUAGAUUUGAAUAGCCUUAUCUACCGCGACAGCCCGUUGUUUAUAAAUAACCAUACGCUAGCUGAAUUCAUACUGAAGGCAUCAGAAGACUUUGUGCAGAUCCUGACGCGGCUCUGCGGCUCGCAAAGGCCGGCAUCACAGUCACUGCAAAUCCAACAGCAGAGCUGCCACGACUUGACAUCGACCUUCCUUUUAGCUUUCCCAUACGCCGCCACGCAACCACUAUUAGCUCCUCUGAUGUUAACCAUCAUAAGUAUUUUUACCCAGCUCAUUUCUCUCUACGAAGUGCUCCUUGAACACCUAACUACCCGCAUCGAGCGGCUCGACGUUGACCCUAUCACUACCCUCCCAGGCAUCACAUUUGGAGGGGUGUCCCUGGAAAAGCCAUGCGUGCAAGGUAUGCUUUUCUCCAAUGCAAUGGUCCAGCUACUGGAGAGAAUGGAGUGUGCCCUCGGCAUAUGUGAGAUGCCUGAGGGUGGUAAAGUGGGUUUGCUAUCCGCUAGACAAAUCGAUGUACUUUGGAGCGAAAUACGCGGGCGAGUUGGUAUCACUCCCCGUGAAGGAGCCUUGCAACCAGCUCACGUGAAGAAACUGUUUGGAAAAGUGGCCGGUAUAUUUCACCAGAUAUCAUUGAGCGGAUAA